AUGUCUCCAACUAUCCAAAAGCCAGCCCCAUCUUUCAAGAAAACCGCCGUUAUUGAUGGUGUCUUUGAAGAAGUUUCUUUAGAACAGUAUAAAGGUAAAUGGGUUCUUUUAGCUUUUAUUCCAUUAGCUUUCACCUUUGUUUGUCCAACUGAAAUCAUUGCUUAUUCUGAAGCUGUUCAAAAAUUCAAAGAAAGAGAUUGUGAAGUUUUAUUCGCUUCUACUGAUUCUGAAUAUUCUUUAUUAGCUUGGACUAAUGUUGCUAGAAAAGAUGGUGGUUUAGGUCCAAUUAACAUUCCAUUAGUUGCUGAUACUAAUCACUCUUUAUCUAAAGAUUACGGUGUCUUGAUUCCAGAAGAAGGUGUUGCUUUAAGAGGUAUCUUUUUAAUUGAUCCAAAGGGUAACUUGAGACAAAUUACCAUUAAUGAUUUACCAGUUGGUAGAUCUGUUGAUGAAUCUUUAAGAUUAUUGGAAGCUUUCCAAUUCACUGAAAAGUAUGGAGAAGUUUGUCCUGCCAAUUGGCAACCAGGUGCUGAAACCAUUAAGCCAGAAGUUGAAUCUUCUAAAGAAUACUUCACCAAAGUCAAUUAA